UAUGUAAGAAAGAAAUACACAUUAUUGCUCUAAUUGUUAAAUCACAAUACCAAAUGAUUAAGAGUACUAGGCUCAUUAUAGAUCAGAUUUUCAUCGAUAUAAUAUUAGAAGAAGACUAAUGAAUUUAGAGUCUGUAUCGUUUGAAAUCUUUUAGAAAAGUAUUAUUUAUAUUUUACAAUAGAAUUUCUUGAAUCACAAAGUAAUACUUCCUGCUCAUCAAGUCAAGCAUAAACAUAUUCUUGUACUACAUGCAAGUAAUAUGUUAAUUUCAUUAUUUAGGAAAAACUUUUUUUCUUCAGGAACCUAUUCCCAACAUUUGAAUUCUGCUAAACAUAAAUAAGUGUUAAAGGACAAUAGAAAAAAUUCAGAUUCUUUAGAAAAAAAAUAAAUUUAAAAUUUACCAGAGUAAUGCUUAUUCUGUGAAUAUACAUAUGAAACAGUGGAUUAAGUAUACAAUCAUAUGAAUACUGAUCAUGGAUUUUUUAUUCGUGAAAAAGAUUCUCUUGUUGAUAUGAAAGGAUUGAUAGAAUGUUUAAGAAAUAUUAUAGAAAAACAAUUUUAUUGUUUAUCUUGUCCAUCUAUUUUUGCUUCAUCAGAUUCAGCUAAAUAACAUAUGUUAGAUAAAGGUAUCUAUGAUUAUAUUAUAUAUAUUAGGUCAUUGUUUUAUGCCUAAUGAACAUUAUGAUGAACUUUGUCAUUUUUAUGAUUUCACAGAAAAAAUUAAAAAAUUGUUAUAACUUGAUGAAAUUCCUGAAUUAAGUGAACUAUCAUUUGAAGAAAUUCUUGAAUUAGAUUCUUUAAAAUCAGAUUCAAGAAUUUCUGAAUUUGAAGUUGUAGAAUAAACUCCAGAAUAAUAAGCAAGAAGAGCCUAAUUGAUGCAUUACAUAGAUAUCAUAAAUUAAAAUAGAGCAAAAGUAUUGCCAAAUGGAGAAUUAUAAUUACCAAAUGGAAAGAUGUAAAAUCAAUAUUAAAUUUGAUAGUCUUGGCCAUAGAUCCUUAAAAUAAUUUUAUGAUUAAAGUCAUGUUGUACCUUUACCUUAAAAAAAUAAUCAUUUGCCAUUGUAAUACUAAACUUAACAAGCUAUAAAGAAUGUUGGAAAUGAUUUUAUUUGA